UUAAAUUAAAAUGAGAAAAAGAAACACCGGUGGCGGGUUGCCGGUGGGGAUAUGAAACAUGAAAGCCACAUUAUGCUUCAAAAUUAAAAGCAAGAAUCAGAUCAUCAAAAUACGUCAAAAACAAUGGCUAAAUCAAUGGGAUUAUCUUCUAGUUCAUCCGUCUUCUUCAACCUUUUAUGGUAUUAUUCCAUAACAGUGGUGGUCAUAGUGAGAUUGAUAUAUCUGGUUUCUUGAGGAAAUGCAAUAGUCAAGGUGAUCUACUAUGUCUUCACUCUUCAUGAUAUACACAUUACUGUUGAUAGAUAAGACAACAUAAUUAAUUCUUAGAGAUAUCCCAAUACAUUGCCCAAAUCUAUCAAUAUGGCUAUGUUAGUAUGUUACUCCUGUAACAGUCGUCUACUGUAGAUCAACAUUGUUAAAGAGGCGGUUCAGUAAGUCAAAAUCUUUUUUCAUCCAAUAUAUUUUGCUUUGGGGUUGUGAAUCCGUGCUGUGAAAUUGUGUCUUGUGUAGAUUUUGUUAUGUAUGAACUAUCUGGUUUCUAUGCCGGGCACAAAGGAGUGUUUUUCAGUAUUUGAGUGUACUAGAUUAGUUUUAAGAAGAGUGAACUUGGGUUUCUAGUCGCUUUUAAAAAAACUAAUUUUUAAUGUUAUUUUAUAUUCAUAUAGUUUUUCAAGUUAGUUAAGUAAAAAUCUUUAAUCAUGCCAAUCUUUGAUUUUCAUAUCCAUAGAUGUCCAGUUCUCCACCGGAGCCAAAGACACAGUUAUGUAGAUUUGGACUUUAUAAUGGAAGUAAAAUGACUCGGUUAAACUUACACUUUAUCCUUGCACUGAUGGGUCAACUGAAAAUAUCCUUUUCUAUAUCACAUGAUGCACAUAGAAGGCUGCAUGCAUUUGAUCUCUCCUACGCGGAUGCCACUAUAAUCGGGGAACUUAACAUUGUGUAGUUUUUGAUGUAACUUCAUGUCUAUACCAUAUCAUUAUUUAUUGAAUAACUGUAGAAUUUUGAUGCGAAGAAUCUUGUUGAGUUGCUCAGUGCAGCUUUUCAUUUGAAUUCUACUAUCUGUGCUAUAUUGUGUUUCAUCUUAGUUGAGGGGAAUGACAACUAUUUGUUGGUGGUUUAUUUCUUACUAGUAAGUAAUGGGCAAGAAAAGAAGCAUAAGAUACGCCAGUUAACAAGGUUAUAAACGAUCCAUUUUCUUUUAAAUCUUGUAAGUGUUGUGAGAGGGUAAGUAGUUAUGCACUUUUCAUUGUAUUUUUUGUUUUAUCUUUUCUCUUCUACUUAAGGAAGAGUCUUAUAAGCCGUCAAAAAGUUGAGAUAUGAUUUUCUUGAAGCUAUAUCAGGAAAUUGCGAAAUCUAAGUUAUAGUGGAAACAAUGGAUCAUAAAUAUCUUGUCCAUUUUUGCUAGGAAAUAAAAAAAAAUCUUCUACUUUAGGAUAUAAUUUAUAUUUUCCCCAAAAAAGUCUGCUAUAAAGAUACAGCUACAAUAUGACCUAGCGAACAGAGAAAAUUUUUAAUUAGUUUGCUAAAGAAAUGCAAAGUCUAAGGAAGGAGCUAGUAUGGGAUUCAAGUUCACCGAAGUUGCUUAAAGCUUUUAGUUUACGUUGCACUGAAGAUACAUGUAGGUAAUUCUAUUUUCUCAAUCUGAUUUACAAAGAAUUUUUUUUGGUUGUAUUUGGAUUUGCUUAUUUCGAUGGGGCCAAAGAUUUUUAGUUCUUUGUUUUGGAUUAUAAUAGACUAAAGUAAAAUGACUCAUUAAAUCAUGCGCAUUUCUUAUAUAUGUGCAGUUGCUCUUGACUUUUACUACCAAUGGUCAAUAGGAAACAAUCUCUUUAUUAGUCUUAUCACUAACAAGGGUAAGGUGCGUACAUCCAACAUUCCGACCCUCCAAACCCCUACCUAGGUGGAAGCCACUUAAUAACAUUGGGUAAUGGAAUGUUUUUGUGUUUAUCUUUGGAUUUAUUAGGACUUGCAUCAAUGGGAGGAAAGCAAAGGGGUCUAAAUUUCUUGUUUCAGUUAGUUAUAAAUGUUUUUCUUAAUUCUUUUUACGAUUUUCAUUGCAAAUGACAUUUACUUUACUGAUCUUCAGGCAAUGAAGUAGGUUUCUCGUGCUCUUUUUAUAUCUUUUUCUGUAAAGUAUUUAAUCAAUAUUGGGGAAAGUUGGGUGUUUAGCGAAUGAAACAAACUUUGUUCAUAUGCUAGAAGGCUUAAGUGUAGACUGUUUUUUUAAUCAAAAAUGUUUAAUUAGAGAAAAAGUGAACUUAUGUAGACGAUCAUCGGGACUAGAUAGAAUCUUGUUUCAUGUAGCCGACCCCCUUCUUAUAAGAUUAAGGCUUUGACGGUUUUGUAAUAUGGAGAAGAACCUCGUGGUACUUGCAAAUCUACCAAUCCGUAAUGUAGAGAAAAAGCAACUGCUAUAGUUGAAUGUUCGUGUCGUCUAGCCAAGGGUCAAACCUUAUGGUCUUCUGCAUUGAAACGUAUGAGUAUUCCUGCCAAAUGGAUCCCUAGAAUUGUAUUAUGGAUAGAUUAAACUGAAUGAUUUCUGUUUUCUCUUUAAAUGCCUCCACCCUCAUUAAAAAUUGUGAGUUCUUCCCUUACUGAAAGUAAAUUGAAUUUUUCAUAUAUCUUUCUUUUUCACCUUUUUGGCGUAAAAGUGAGAGAAGCAGAUAUGACGGAUCUCGGCUAUGAAGAUGGUGUAGAUAGGAUCAGUUGUUUGCCUGAUCAUAUUCUUUGCCAUAUUCUAUCUUUUCUCCCUACUAAAUAUGCCGUAGGGACCAGUAUUUUAUCAACUAGAUGGAAAUAUUUGUGGACUUCUGUUUCCGUUCUCGAUUUAGAUUUUAGGGUUCAUGGAGGGUUAUGCUCUGCCUUAGACAUGAAUGCAAAUCCAGGAUCAGAGUCCACCUUCCAGAAUUUUGUUAACAGAGUAAUGCUCUUAAAUGACGUUACUCAUCUUCAGAAGUUCCGCCUUAUUUAUGAGUGUCGCUAUAAUCCUGCUCCUAUUUGUACAUGGUUGCAUGUGGCCAUCUCUCGUGAUAUUAUAGAGCUCGAACUUGACUUGUAUUUGUCUAUUCGAGAUGAAUAUGUCAAGUUGCCCAAAAGUUUUUUCGUGUCCAAUACACUUGUUAUUUUGAAAUUGUCUUGCAUACCUCUUUCUAUCCCUUCUGUUGUUUGCUUGCCUAUGCUUAAGAUACUUAAAAUUAGGAGGGUGAUGGGCCUCAGUGACAAGUGUAUUCAGAACUUGCUUUCAGGUUGUCAUGUUCUUGAAGAGUUGGUAAUAGAAGAAAUCAGUAGAGAGAAGCCAAGAGUGAUAGAUAUAUCUAUGGAUACACUAAAACGCUUUUCAUUUAGUUACAGAUUUGUGAUUGAUAUAUCGGUGGAUUUACCUUACAAAUUUAUCGUUGAUUCCCCAAAUCUUGAAUACUUCCAUGUCAAAGGUCGUAUAUCUGAUGCUUUUGUGAUAAAGAGUUUGGCAAUUUUAGUUACCGCACAUCUUGAUCUUCGUCAAACUGGCGUUGGUGCUGAUUCCUUUAAUCUAUGCGUUGAGCGUGUUUCGGAUCUCUUCAAAGGAAUCCCAAAUGCCAAAUUCAUUUCCCUGUCUAAUGACAUCGUACAGUUGCUAUGUGCGUCCUACGAUCUAAACCUACCGAGGUUUCCUAAUCUGACAAGGCUAGCAAUUGGAAUUGGUGUUGGUAUCGGCUGGAAACAACUUAUGACAAAGUUUGUUAAAUGUUCCCCUAAUCUAAACGUUCUUACGUUAGAUAAUAAGCAAGGAAUUAUCAAGGACUUGAAGGAACUGCGAAAGAACCCGUCUUUGCGCAUGCCUGAAUAUUUGGUAUCUCACGUCAAAGGCUUUAUUGUUGAAGAGCUUUAUUUUAAUUUCGUCCCCGAAGCUGUAGAAUGUUUACUGCAAGAUUUGAAUGUCCUAAAGAAGCUUGAAUUCAACUGUCAGUGUCCUUUUUUACUCAAGAACCAGAUUGGAUAUGCCUCUGAUUCUAAUGAUUCAUUUUAAACUUUCCUGAUUGAAAAAUUAAUUGUCUUUUUAAUGCAACAACCUUCCUAUGCAAUUUCUUAUUGCUAUCAUAGAUUGUAAUAACUUUACAAAAUGGAUUCUUUUAUUCUUUUUGAUAUUAUGGUGUAACUUUCGUGCAGAACUUGCUUAUGUUGAUUGCAACUACCGUCUUUGCUUUUAUGUAACCGUCUUGCUGAUUUUGUCAAAUUUGAAUUUCAGAAAAUUUAAAACUAAUAACACACAAGAAAUAUGUCAAGAAAUAUUACCAAUUGAGAAAAAUAUUCCUUCACUUAUAACCGUAGAAAACCCUAAAUUUUUACCUAUAUUUGCAAUAUUUUGUAAGAAAUAUAAUAUCUUCUUUAAAUAGUAAUUUUGGA